GGGGAGAAUUUCUACCCAACUCAUCUCCUACGUAUAAAAACCCCAAUCCCGGCCUUAACGCCGCUUCCUACACCACUCUCUGCCUCAAACCCUAACUCUCCAACGCAAAAAGCAACCAUGGCGGACAGAGCUCCCGGAGACAGACCACCACGCAGAGGCUUCGGCGACCGCGGACGUGGCGACCGAGGCAGGGGCCGCCGUCGCGGGCGUCGCGACGAGGAAGAGAAGUGGGUUCCAGUCACCAAGCUCGGCCGGCUGGUGAGGGAGGGCAAAAUCAAAUCGCUGGAGCAAAUCUACCUCCACUCGCUCCCGAUCAAGGAGUACCAGAUCAUCGACACCCUCGUCGGCCCCGGCGUGCUGAAGGAUGAGGUCAUGAAGAUCUCCCCUGUCCAGAAGCAGACUCGGGCCGGUCAGAGGACCAGGUUCAAGGCUUUCGUCGUCGUCGGCGACGGGAACGGCCAUGUCGGGCUGGGUGUUAAGUGCUCGAAGGAGGUUGCUACCGCCAUUCGAGGCGCCAUCAUUCUGGCUAAGCUGUCUGUGAUCCCCGUGAGGAGGGGUUACUGGGGGAACAAGAUCGGGCUGCCUCAUACUGUGCCGUGCAAGGUGACCGGAAAGUGUGGUUCCGUCACCGUGAGGAUGGUUCCGGCUCCUCGUGGCGCUGGGAUUGUGGCUGCUAGGGUGCCCAAGAAGGUUCUUCAGUUUGCUGGGAUUGAAGAUGUGUUCACCUCUUCCCGUGGGUCUACCAAGACUCUUGGCAACUUCGUCAAGGCCACAUUUGACUGCCUGUUGAAGACCUAUGGUUUCCUGACACCUGAUUUCUGGAAGGAUACUCGUUUCACCAAGUCACCUUUCCAGGAGUUCACUGAUCUAUUGGGAAAGCCAACCAAAGCCCUCAUCCUUGAGGAUUUUGUACCAGAAGCUUGAUUCUUCUUCCGAAGCUUUGAGCUGUUAAAGAUCAAUUAAAUAGAGAGCCAAGACAGUAGUAGCUAUUUAGAUUUUGUUUUGAGAGCUACAAUCGUGUUAUCAUUUUGGUUUAUGUUCCUGUCUUGGCAAUGACAUGAGUUUUGGAAUAUGUUUUUGUGCUUCUUUGGUGCUACUCUUAUGCUAAGCUGCUACUUUGUUUCAGUAAAUGUACGGCUUUAUUCUGCAUGCUCUUUGCCUUGAGCAUAUGAUUCCAUGGUUUCCAAACCAAUUUGGAGCAGAAUGGCUAUGGCUUUCCAUCUAGGCAUCUGUGUAGGUUUGUUG